CAUUCGUUCAUGUAAACAAUUUAGUCGUCAUUUCUGUUUUCUUCACGUAAACUUUCAUCUGAUUCAUUCGGACUCCCUGUUUUUGUGUCUAACAAUCGAAAUAAAAAUGGGCGAUAACUUUGGAAUCCAUCGAGCUGUCGCAACAACGAAUGAAGAACGGACCCAAGGACAAAUCUUAAGUGAUUUUUUGGUCCAAUUGGAAGACUACACUCCUACGGUCCCCGAUGCGGUUACGUCACAUUAUCUGAAUUCGUCGGGAUUCGAAACGUCUGAUCCUCGAAUUGUUCGACUCAUAUCGAUUGCUGCACAAAAGUUCAUAUCCGACGUGGCCAACGAUGCCCUACAGCAUUGCAAAACCAGAACCAGCAAUGCACCGAGUUCGGGCAGUCAUGGAUCCGCUAAGAAUCCGAAAGCAACAAAGAAGUACACACUGACAAUGGAGGAUCUGGCUCCAGCUCUUGGCGAUUAUGGCAUCACUGCCCGGAAGGCUUACUAUUUCGUUUAAGUUUCAUUGGUUUGUGAUACGAGGAGCAUACAAGAAUUAAUAAAAAGUCCGAGUAUCAAGCAA